GGUCUCAGACAGCCAUUUGAUAAGAGAGGAGAAAGGCUGAGUUUCUCUCCCAAGAUGGUGAUGAGAAUGCCCCAACCUCUCUGGCGUUGUCUCCUGUAUUCUAGCCUGCUUUUGAUUUUUUGCAGAGGAUGCACAGCACCGACCUAUGAUGACUUUGAAGAUGAAAUCUCCUACCUGUAUCCAGAUGAAGAAGGGCCUUUCGAAGAAGAGGACGACCAAGCCAGUGACUGUGGAGAUACCUACUAUGACUGGGUAGCGCUGUUCUGCUGGCCCAAGUUUCAUGCCUCCGUCAUGGCUGCAGCAGAGAGCAGCAGGUGCAUCUGGGAAACAACUGGCAGCAUGUAUAGCGAGCUGGUCCUCUGCACUGGGCUGCUGGCUGAAGGGAUGGGCUGCCCGGUGGCCAGCCCCACGUUGGACGCCUUCUUCAUGAGAAUCCACGCGGAGUACUUCGCCAACUGCUCCCUCCCCCGUGACCCCACAGAGCAUCAGCCACCCACCGGAGUGGUCAUCAUCCUGACCUCCCUGCCGGUCUGUUUGGUGCCCCUCUCCAUCGCCCUCGUCCUCCGCAAGGCACGGGGUCCCGAAACCGCACUGCAAACUGCCCCACGGUGGGCAAAAGUUCGAAAGGGAGUGGUACUGCUAAAUGCCGAGAGGUGCGAGACGUCUAGCCUGGAAGACAACUGAGAACAACUGGGCUGAAGUGUGAAGGAGAGGCGGAUUUUAUUGUUAUUUUAUUUUGACAUCACAUUUUUAUUAAAUAUCUUUAAAUUCCGGCUUUCAAGUUUUGCAUUUCUCUUUAAACUUCGCUUAAACUUUUAAGUGUCUAUACGCUUAUCGCGUUUAUAAAUUUCAAAUUUAUUGUUGCGCAUUGUUUUAA